AUGGCUACAGAAACCAACCCCUUCUACAGCCUGUGGGCACAGGGCGACAUCCGGGAGCGCCUCUUCGUCCACCUCAGCAGGUCCGACAUCUGCGCAGUGCGCCUUUCGAACUCAGCAUGCUGUAACCUCGUCACCCGCCGCCUCUUCCAGAGGAUACACCUCACCUUCACGGCCAAUUCCUUCACCCGACCCUACCGCGUGGAGGCCCUCGCCCGUAUCGGCCACCACAUUGAGCACCUCACAUUCUACCUGCCACACAGCGAGGCCACCUUCCUCCCACCGCUAAUACAUCCUGCCACUGGCUCCGAGAUCUCCUAUCUCUACACCCCUCACACGUCCAUGGCCUCGACGUUGACAAGACCCAAGUAUGGCAACUCGGAGCUGGGCGACAUCCUCACCCAGCAGUACCCGCCCCUGUUCCACGCCGCGACCAACGUGCCCAGCUUCAUCCACGCGGUCAAGAACGUGCCCAACCUGCGGCACCUGUCCAUCAAGACGCCCGGUCAGGACCCUGCAGAGAGGUAUCGCAGGGACAUUGUGGACUACGCCCUCAUGUCGCUGCGCAUCGCCGUCGAGCGCUCCCCCUACCUGAAGAAGCUCAACAAGCUGUCGCUGCACGGGGUCCACCCCGCUGCCUUCCUCUACCUCAAGUUCCAGGACGGCCCCGGCUUCGGCUGCUCGCCUAUUGCCGGCAAGAGAUGGCGCCAGAUCCGCAAGAUGCACAUCGCCGUUGAGGCGUGGGACUUCUACGGGCCCGGCGGACCGGGGCUGGACCAGCUCAAGAUCAUUGACGACUACCUGCGCCAGUUCCAAGACUCGCUCGAGAAGCUGUCAUUCACUUGGGUGGGCCAGAAGGGGCCGUGCCCGCUGGCGCUGGCCGAGGACCCGUUGUUCGACACCCCUAGGGAGAACAAGAAGCUCUUCAACGAGGUCACGAGCCCCAUGAGCCCUCUUCCGCCCAGACCCGGCGUCAGGGGCCGCAUCCGCUUCAGCAGGCUGAGGUACCUUCAGGUGCGGAACGCCAGCAUGCACGCCGCUCAGCUGCGGGGCCUGGUCGAGAGCCACAGAGAUAGCGUCAAGGAGUUCGACUUUGAGAACGUGGUGCUUCUCAACGGCGGGAACUGGGACGAUGCCCUGCAGCCACUCAUGAAGUCGCCGACAGAGGAGAACCACCGUGACACGUGGGCGCGGUACUCGCUCCUCGAUCUCGAGUCAGAGCUUGAGGCCUCGCUCGGCCUGCAUCUCAGCCAGACCUCGUCAUCGGACCAGACCAUUCGAUGCGGCGAGGGGUCUUUCGACGACGGCGACUCAUACUCGUACUAUGGCGAUGAGGCUGAGACCAUCAUCGUCGAGCUGGACCGCGACAUCGACUCGGCUAUCAACCUGACUAGCACUAACGCCUCCGAGGCCACGCUGGUACCCUUCAGCACCAAGCUCAAGAAGCGCGUGCGCAAGCGCCGCAGAAAGCCCUGGCACCCCAAGCGCGAAGGUGAGGACGGCUGCACAGACGAUGAUGACCAACAGCAGCGAGCUGGGCUCGCCCUGGCGCCAACCAAGAGCAACCGCUCGCGCGAGGAGGAGCCGGCAGAAGACGGGAUGGUGGCGCCGCUCAACAUCUCAGCGCCCAUCAUCUCGACCGAGGCGCUUCCUGUGCUGCUGCAGCCCAUGGUGUACAACCCGCAGGCCAGCACGACCAACGGCGGCGGGCACAACGUCAACGAGGGCCUGUCGGCGGUGCAGCGCAACCUGGAGCAGGAGGAGAUCCAGCGGCGGUUCGCCGAGGACGCCGAGGCCCGCACAAGCGCGCUCAAGAAGGCUCGCGAAGCGGUGCUCGAGAAGCUGGGCCGGCUGCAGGGCAAGGAGGGUAAAGUGGACGAGGAGGAGCUGCUGGAUAUGCACCCGGCACUGCAGGACGAGUAUGGGCUCCGGCCGCGUGGGGGUAGCGGCGGGAGCGGGCGGCUCAGGGAGCUAUUUGGAGCAGUGCGAAGUAAUUCCAACGGGGGCGAGAAGGGCCAUGCUGAAGGCUUAUACAUGAAUGUGGAGGAGAGUAAUACGGUGCUGGUGCCUCUGGUAUUCAGCCCCACCCGAGGCUGAGCGAGAGCGAGGCGGGUGGAAUGAUGCUUCAAGAAGGCGAAGGAAAGAGAAGACAGGGUGUCUUGUCGUUGAUGUGUUUUCUGGGUCGUUUUCAGCUUGAGGUUGUUGUUUGGUUAGUUGGGCUGGUCGGUCAGGAGGUUGGUUGGUUUGCAUAACAACAGUACGCAUAACGCUAUGUUGCCCAGGUCCACGCACUGGCGCAUACGCGCACACACAUCAUAUCGGGGAUCACAGGACGGCGGGGUUUUUAACAAAGGGUCAUCUGGAGGUGCUCAAGUGCUGAGGCCGCACAGGGUUGGUUGGUUGCAUGAAAUCAUCACGGGUUCAACGGAUAGGUAACUGGGAAAUUUCGGGCUGGGAAAUCUUUUGGGGAGGGCAGUGGGAUGAAGGCAAGAGAGGAGACGAGAGAAAGUGGGAAGAAGACUGCUCGGUGGCGGAUGUCUAAUGUUUGAUGAAGAACGAAAGAGAGACAGACGUGCAACAUUGUCUCUGUUGAUGAUGGUCGUUGGCCGGGCUUUGUCUUGUUGCUAACGAGCGCCAGAGCCUUGGGUCAGAUCAAUGACGUUAUGAAUUUUCUCCUUUUUUUCCCCCUCCCAUUUCUGAACGACGACCUUUCGAAUGUACAUAUGGACCACGUUUUUCCACGUUUUUCCUAUCUCUCUCCCUCUCUGUCUGUCUGUCUGUGUCUCCGAGUCUUUUCUUUGCUCUCUUAAUGAUAUUGAUACUCCUUUAUAGCAGCAUCUGUGUGCUUGCUCACUAGGUACUUAGUAGUCACGAAAAUAAUAUGAUAUUGGAAUAAAAACG